AUGAAACUAGAAGUGCUACUUUUAUUUUUCGUUGGUCGUAUGUCGGGCCAUGGCGCAGAGGACUUCUGUCUAGAGACCAAAAGCUCGAUAUUGCACGAUCAUGUUCUAGUUGGCCAUGUGAUUACUUCGUUGGUAACCCGUGGAUUUCUCUCUUGUGCUCAAAGAUGCCUGUCAAUGUCGCCGUGUUCGUCAUUCAAUUAUCAAACGUCAGCGGUAAGAGAUGGCAUUUGUGAGUUGAAUAACAAUGAAGAUGGAGCGGUUCGUUCAAAGGUGACUCCGAAACAUGGAUUUGCCUUUGGCCAGAUACAACGAAAAGAAAAACCGCACAGCUGUCUAGAAGCGGCGCACAGAGGUGCCCGCGCAUCUGGUUUCUACUGUAUCCAAGACGGUGACGGUCAUCUCUAUAAAAUGUAUUGCGACCUGGCCUCUGAACCCGGUUGGGCCUGGACAUUGGUCACCUCACAAGGCUUAAGCAACAGGGAGGAACAGUUUGCGUCGGUAGGGCUACUUGUUGAUUCUCCAAAGAAUACAGAAAUGGCCAAUUGGCAAGCUUACAGACUACCGUUAAGUAAAAUGGCGAAAUUAAAAUCUCAGUCAACGCAUUGGCGAAUAACGUGUAGUUUCCCAACACUUGGUGUCGAUUAUAAAGAUUAUGUGAGGGCAGAAUUUCAGAAAUUCGAUAUUCUGACUUUUAUGGCAGGCAGAGACUGCAAAGAAGUGGAGUAUAUUGAUGUUCGAGGGCAUAAUUGCUCACAAUGCACCGUAGCCUGGGGACAGAAAAAUAAUCUUUUCUUGACACACCGCAGUGACGUCAACGAGUGCGGGCGCGGCUCCACUCCACAUAGCAUUGAUGGGGAACAGACUUUCGGACGGUACAAAAAAGGGCGAAAUCCAAAGUUUCGAUGUACUUCAGCCAAUUCAUCCACUACCAACUAUUGGUUUGGCCACAAAUUAAAUUUAAAGGAUUCGUUUGAUUGAGCGGAUUUUAAAGUUUUAGUGUCAUAAAGAGGAAUGUUUUUAGAUUCGUUAAAUUUUGACAGAAAGGCACACUAUAUAUUAGAUUCUCGCGUGCCAGUCUUCACCAUUCCAGUAUCACUUUUAAACCUUCAAUCGAUGCCCUUGGACCGGAAUGUGACGGCAAUAUCCACGAGGAUCCCAGACAAAUGGUGUUACCUUUUAUGGGGGUCUGUCACCACGACUAGCCAUCCUGACUGCACUGAGGAACGUGAUUUACCAACAGCCGAUGAGGCAAUCACUAAAACUGUUUUACAGAGAACUCAAGGGGCUCGGUCAUAGUUCUUUCAGAGGUACAGGUACUCUGGGCUACCACAGGUAAUUGUCAGGCAAAGUUCUUUCAAAUUAAAGUCAAUGUUUUUUGGCAAAACAAAAUUAACAUAGGUAUUUCUGUUAUGUUUUCUUCAAAGAAAAUCCUCAAUGAAACAAAACAAAGCCGUCUAUUGACUGCAAUUAGAGACAAUUGAUGAAACAUUUUUCUACAAACAGUUCAAAACAGAUUGUUUGUAUCAGAGGAAGGCCAAGCACAAUGAGCUGUUCAUGAACGUUGCAAAUGUUAUGGCUUUCAAUAUUAAUUUUUUCACUCGUGUCAGCACGCAUGUGAUGUCACGCGCU